CAACUUGCAGGGCCUUAGUUGUCUUGAGACAUCGACUAUCCAAUUUAUAUAUUUAUUAAGUUUAGACAAAUUGUAAUCAAUACAAUACGGUUCAUUUACGAAACAUUAGCAAUGAAAACCACUAUAUUAUCAUUUAAGAUGCCUUCUUCUAAAAUGCCGACAUGGUUGGCAGUUUCCUGAAAGUUUAACUAGUUUAAUCCUAAAGUUACAAAUUAAUAGUUUGAAUGAGUGUCGAAUCAUUUCAAGUCCCAGAAAUUCGGGAAUACAUAACCAAAAUGUAACAUAGGAAACAUAUUAAUUUAACAAUUACGGUUUUUAUUAAAUGUUUUUGCUUAGUGUUUUCUUGUUGAAAAUAGAAUCUAGCACAAUGUAAACUUUUGUCUGCAUUUCUCUGUGACAGUUUUCGACGUCAAUCGCCAAACACAAAGCCUUGGUGUAAAAAAAUAUUUUAUUUACAUUGUUGUUAAAAAAUUGUAAUUUAAAGAAAUUGCUAUUCUCAGAUUGACUUGUUUCUUAUUCUCACGGUAAGUAGGAUUGAGCACAUUUAUAAUAUAAACAGCAACCUCUGUACAAUGGUGCACCUUUGACAUAAACGGUAAUAAAUAAAGAUUGCUUUAAUAGUAAAUGCAUAACACGCUUUUUUGAAAAGUCCCAUAGAGAACAAGAAUUUCCUUGAGGAGAAUUUCAAGAAUUUCCACGUCAUUCUUAUAAAAAUGUUGGAGACAAAAAAUACUGGAAAUAAAAUACGAAUUACGAUGUAAAGUAUUUGUGUAGUUGUAUGAGAGAUACUCCGUUUAGCAAGAAUCAACAAAUGCUGACCAACAGAACUAGUUUGACAUUUUCGAUGUCAUCAAUAUGAAACAUCAGCAAUUCAGCAUUUAACAAUCAAGCAAUAUUAUCCACUGCCACUUUCCAAUUUUGUCUUUCCAAAAGUGUGCCAUUUGAACGUGAAACAAACAAAGCUUAAUUUACCAAAGUAUUAAGUUACAUUACAGAAGUAUUUUAUUUAAAUAGAUUAAUGGAAAACUUCGAUGUUAACAAUAUUUGUCGAUGUUGCCUAAAAAAGAACGGUCGAAUGAAACCACUUUACGGUUUUUCAUUGGACGAAAUGCUACGAUCUCUUGUAGGCAUAGAGGUCGAACCUAAUGAUGGACUUCCAGAGUUGAUAUGUUUUCAAUGUGUUCUACAGCUAAGUCGAGCAUUUCGGUUCAAAUUGCUUUGCCAAAAGUCAAAUUUAACAAUGAUUGAGUUUAUCAAGACAGCAGCAGAUCAGUCUCAUAAGAAAGAUGCAGAAAAUGAUGAAGAUGUUGUUGCGUUUGAAGAAAAUGCAAGUUUCGGAAUAACUCCAAUCAGACGCGAAUCUUGUUUAUCUGUUGAAACGCCUGCAGAUAGUAUUACCGCUACUGAAGAUGAUAUAAUUGAAUUUAAAUGCGGGACCUGCAACAAAGCGUUUAAUUCACGCAAACAACAUGUGCGACAUAUGAAAGUUCACGAUACCAUCAAAGCGCAUAAAUGUUCGGAAUGUAAUAAAACAUUUUCACAAAGUUGUAAUCUAAAGAAGCACAUGCUUAAGCAUAAUCCUGGUAUGAAACCAUCUUUACUUAAGCAGCACCUAUGUUCCGUUUGCGGUAAAUGUUUCAAGUAUUUAAGUUCCCUUUCCAAACACACUAAACUUCAUACGGGAAAAAAUCUUCUAUACUGCUCCCAUUGUCCAAAGUUCUUUUUAGAGAAUACCACUUUGCAAAAUCACUUGCGAUGUCAUACAGGCGAUCGUCCAUUUGUUUGUGAUCAUUGUAAUAAAAGUUAUACAAAUUCAUCUAAUCUAAAGAAACAUAUAAGGUCACACAGUGGUGAAAGACCUUUCAAAUGCAACAUUUGUUUGCGAACAUUUGUAGAAAGGAAUUACUUGACAAUCCACAUGAAGACUCACGAAUCGGAAGGGAAAGCUCUAUGUAACAAAUGUGGGAAGUGUUUAGCAAAUACCAAGAGUUUGAAAACUCACAUGAAAAUACAUUUUCGUACUAGCAAGCGAGCUUAUAAUUGCGGGUUUGAAAAUUGUAAUAAGAGUUUUUCACGAUCGGAUACAGCAGCACUUCAUCGAAGGAUUCAUUUCACACCAAAUCUACCACUAAAAGUUUAGCCUGUAAUCUCUGUUCAGUGCCGUUUUUAUCAAAAAUAAGUUUAAAUUUGCUUUCAAAAAAAGUGUCCGAAUCAAUUGGAAACAUUGAUUACUCGUAGAAGAAGUAUUCCAUUCAAUACCAAGGAAGGGAGAAAACUCCUGAGCAAAAUUUGCUUUGUUUAAGCUUAACGAAAAUGAAGAUUCCAUACGAGGUUUAGAAAGUGCUGUUGUAACUUACUUCCAAGCAAACAUAAUAAUUUAGUCUUUAGUAAUAUAUUAAAAAAAAACUUAGUCAAAGUUUAUGCAAAUAAAAUAUACUGCGCAAAAAGGAGCUGUUUUGGAAAAAUGAAGAAAACCAUUGCCAAAUGUAAUUUGCGAUGUUCAAUUUGUAGGCAUGUGCAUUCAAGAGAACACAGGUUUUUUUCAAAGCCUACCUCUGUCUGUCAACUUCUACUCUCACCUCCCCGCGGCGAACAUCGGGUGCCUAGUACUUCAACUGGAGAUUGGGUUUUAACCCCAGUAGAAAGUUAUUUGGGGCAGCAAACGAGAGAGAGGGGGGUGU